GCUAGAUUAGGGCUCAUACUCAACAGUCGAUGCUAAUAACAAUGCGACUUGUUAUUCCAUUUGCUUUAAUUCUAACGUCAGUGGGAUUUGCUGACGGGUUUAUAUGGCUACCAUUUGCUAAUCUGGGAUCAAUGUUUGAAACCUUGAAACAAACUGCGUUUCAUGAAAAAUUGGAUUUCAACGAGCCAGACUCCCAGUAUUCAUUUUUGGAAUUUGGAAAAGACUUGUUCAAUAACAUCGGUCAAUACCUUUCAUCGGCAAUUGGGAAUGAGGAUAAGUUGACAAUAGCCACGAAUUUAAGAGAGCUUUUCAAUCUAACAACAUCAACUCCACUACCAAAAACGCCGAAAAGAUUUCGCCCGAAAAUAAUACCAGUUGAUAAGCCCGAGACAACAAGCAAGCCAACUCCAAGACCAAUGCCCACUGUUUUCACAUUUCCUUACACUACGCCACAUUUUACUACAAGCACACCAGUCCCUGAAGUUACAUCAACCUAUGAUCCCAGACCACGAUUUAGAUAUACAACCACUACCGAACCGCAGAUUAUCAAAUUCGUGAAGACAACAAAACCUACAACUACCACUGAAGACACUACCACAGAAGACGACAUCAUAAGAUUUACAACAACGACUGAAAGAGUCAGAUAUGCUACAUUUUCACCAAACAUUCCCAUGACCACCUCUACAACUCCAACAACUACAACUUCAACUUUUCCAACCUCAACAACUGAAAAAUCUACGACAGCUCAACCUUCAACGACAACGAAACCAACUACAACAUCUCCACCAACAACUCAAGUGAAGACUAUCUUGCCAGCUACAGAAGCACAAAAAAUUUUCACAAAGCCUCAAUAUCAAAUCUGGCCUACCACAACCCGCCCAAUGACAAGUACCUCGCAGGCUGUAAUAAGCUCAACCGAACAAUUCAUCCGUCCAUCAUCUAUUAUCCGGAACAAUGUUUGGAAGAAAGUGACACCUUCUGUGACUCCUGAAUAUACAACUUCUGUGUUUUGGACUACCCCAAUGUCAGUAACUGCAGAGCUUCCAUCUGAGCCAUCCACAAUCACAAUGUUGAUCCCUACUCCACCAAGUGAAUAUCAGACUGUUUACAGCUCAACGGCUGGAAUUCCGUUUAUCAUUAAAGCUAAAAAGUUCACACGCCCUCCAAUUGUUGAAAAAAUUGCGGUCACCUCUGCUCCCCACACCAAUAAAUAUGACACAUGUGUUCCCGAUCAAAGAUGCUCCAUCAAACUGAAAAGUUUUGAGACUUCUGAUCCUUUAUUCCAAUACUGCUACAGUCACUCAACAAUGAUCGACAACUCCAUUCAAGAUUUGCUCAGGGACACCCAAACCGCUUCAUCACUCCCACAACACAUUUCUUGGCACAGUUCAGUGACCCCGGAAAUUGUGCAACUAGUUCAAACUUUAAUGUCACUUUAUAGACCUUCAAGAUGUUUAGUAAUUGGAGUAUUCACUGGUCUUGGAUUACUCGGUGUCGCCGAAAGAGUUGAUUCUCGAGGAAUUGUUGUCGCACUUGAGCAUCCGGCCUAUGCUGUUUUCUGGGAUAAAAUUGGGCAGAAGCACGCAAGAAAACUCACGGCUACGCAAAUGUCCAGAAUUCAAAUGAGAACAUCUGAAAGCAUCGAAAAAUCAUUGCCUCGACUUGCAACAAAUGAACCCAACACUUUCGAUUUUGUGUUUCUGGAUGAUUUUAAGAGGGAAAACUAUUUGGAUGAUUAUGAACACGCAAUUCGACUGAUUCGAAGUGGUGGUCUUUUAAUCAUUAACCAGGCACUCAAUGGUGGUGGAGUGAUGUCAUCGAUUGAUCACAUGACCAACGAUGACAGGGUCAUUCGAAACAUGAACAUACGCAUCAAACAAGACCCCCGGGUUUCUGCUUCUCUACUUCCAUAUGGUGGCGGCACCUGGAUUGUUACAAAGAAUUGAUAUAAAAUUUGAAUUAACAUUGUUUUGUAUGUUUUUAUUUGCAUUAAAACUUCUCAAUCGCCACGUGUAAAGUGGUGUUCUUGUCCUCAAUCAAUCCGGUUCA